AUGAUGAGGACUUUGGUAAUUGAUCGUUUGCGAAGGCACUUGUCCCUAGAAAAGAGUGCAUCGCCACAGAGACAGACGGCCAACCAACUGUUAGGCGGUAGUGGAAAUGUGAGACUCUCCGCCAAUUCCAGCCAUGAAAGACCCGUCGAAGACAGUCCCAAGAAAAAGCGGUCAAUUUUGUCCUUGAGUGGAAGACGCACCAGCGAACUACGUUUGGGAUCUGACGGGAAAUUGUUUACAAAUGGGUACGACGACCUAUCCAACUACAAACGACCGAGUUCACCUAUUGAAAAGAUCAAAUCCUUAUUCCGCAAAAAUGACACAACACAUGUGACCUCUCAACCAAGCAACGACUACUAUCCGGGGCGCUCUGGCCAAAUCUCAAACGCAGUGGCUCGGCACAGAAGAAUCUCAACCCUGAAGAGCUCCGACUAA